AUGUCGCAAAUUACUUUAAUAAUUCUCAUCCUGGCCAUUGGCUUCUCAUGUACCAAAAGCCAUCCAAUUAACUCUACACGUGACGGGGAGGAUUCAGGAACUGAUCUUAAGAAUCUUCUAACAGAACCUGCAAACACCACUUAUGCUACGAACUCAACGCUUACAAGAAAAGAAUUGAACAGUACUAUACAGCCGGAAAGAAAUGAUGAAGGUUCUGCAAUAAGAAAAAUAAUGGCAUCAAAAAAAGAUGAAAAUAUUACUGGUCAAUCCGAAAUCAAUACAAGUGCCAAAAGCCAGCCAAUUAACUCUACACGUGACGGGGAAGAUUCAGGAACUGAUCUUAAGAAUCUUCUAACAGAACCUGCAAACACCACUUAUGCUACGAACUCAACGCUUACAAGAAAAGAAUUGAACAGUACUAUACAGCCGGAAAGAAAUGAUGAAGGUUCUGCAAUAAGAAAAAUAAUGGCAUCAAAAAAAGAUGAAAAUAUUACUGGUCAAUCCGAAAUCAAUACAAGUGCCAAAAGCCAGCCAAUUAACUCUACACGUGACGGGGAAGAUUCAGGAACUGAUCUUAAGAAUCUUCUAACAGAACCUGCAAACACCACUUAUGCUACGAACUCAACGCUUACAAGAAAAGAAUUGAACAGUACUAUACAGCCGGAAAGAAAUGAUGAAGGUUCUGCAAUAAGAAAAAUAAUGGCAUCAAAAAAAGAUGAAAAUAUUACUGGUCAAUCCGAAAUCAAUACAAGUGCCAAAAGCCAGCCAAUUAACUCUACACGUGACGGGGAAGAUUCAGGAACUGAUCUUAAGAAUCUUCUAACAGAACCUGCAAACACCACUUAUGCUACGAACUCAACGCUUACAAGAAAAGAAUUGAACAGUACUAUACAGCCGGAAAGAAAUGAUGAAGGUUCUGCAAUAAGAAAAAUAAUGGCAUCAAAAAAAGAUGAAAAUAUUACUGGUCAAUCCGAAAUCAAUACAAGUGCCAAAAGCCAGCCAAUUAACUCUACACGUGACGGGGAAGAUUCAGGAACUGAUCUUAAGAAUCUUCUAACAGAACCUGCAAACACCACUUAUGCUACGAACUCAACGCUUACAAGAAAAGAAUUGAACAGUACUAUACAGCCGGAAAGAAAUGAUGAAGGUUCUGCAAUAAGAAAAAUAAUGGCAUCAAAAAAAGAUGAAAAUAUUACUGGUCAAUCCGAAAUCAAUACAAGUGCCAAAAGCCAGCCAAUUAACUCUACACGUGACGGGGAAGAUUCAGGAACUGAUCUUAAGAAUCUUCUAACAGAACCUGCAAACACCACUUAUGCUACGAACUCAACGCUUACAAGAAAAGAAUUGAACAGUACUAUACAGCCGGAAAGAAAUGAUGAAGGUUCUGCAAUAAGAAAAAUAAUGGCAUCAAAAAAAGAUGAAAAUAUUACUGGUCAAUCCGAAAUCAAUACAAGUGCCAAAAGCCAGCCAAUUAACUCUACACGUGACGGGGAAGAUUCAGGAACUGAUCUUAAGAAUCUUCUAACAGAACCUGCAAACACCACUUAUGCUACGAACUCAACGCUUACAAGAAAAGAAUUGAACAGUACUAUACAGCCGGAAAGAAAUGAUGAAGGUUCUGCAAUAAGAAAAAUAAUGGCAUCAAAAAAAGAUGAAAAUAUUACUGGUCAAUCCGAAAUCAAUACAAGUGCCAAAAGCCAGCCAAUUAACUCUACACGUGACGGGGAAGAUUCAGGAACUGAUCUUAAGAAUCUUCUAACAGAACCUGCAAACACCACUUAUGCUACGAACUCAACGCUUACAAGAAAAGAAUUGAACAGUACUAUACAGCCGGAAAGAAAUGAUGAAGGUUCUGCAAUAAGAAAAAUAAUGGCAUCAAAAAAAGAUGAAAAUAUUACUGGUCAAUCCGAAAUCAAUACAAGUGCCAAAAGCCAGCCAAUUAACUCUACACGUGACGGGGAAGAUUCAGGAACUGAUCUUAAGAAUCUUCUAACAGAACCUGCAAACACCACUUAUGCUACGAACUCAACGCUUACAAGAAAAGAAUUGAACAGUACUAUACAGCCGGAAAGAAAUGAUGAAGGUUCUGCAAUAAGAAAAAUAAUGGCAUCAAAAAAAGAUGAAAAUAUUACUGGUCAAUCCGAAAUCAAUACAAGUGCCAAAAGCCAGCCAAUUAACUCUACACGUGACGGGGAAGAUUCAGGAACUGAUCUUAAGAAUCUUCUAACAGAACCUGCAAACACCACUUAUGCUACGAACUCAACGCUUACAAGAAAAGAAUUGAACAGUACUAUACAGCCGGAAAGAAAUGAUGAAGGUUCUGCAAUAAGAAAAAUAAUGGCAUCAAAAAAAGAUGAAAAUAUUACUGGUCAAUCCGAAAUCAAUACAAGUGCCAAAAGCCAGCCAAUUAACUCUACACGUGACGGGGAAGAUUCAGGAACUGAUCUUAAGAAUCUUCUAACAGACCCUGCAAACACCACUUAUGUUACGAACUCAACGCUUACAAGAAAAGAAUUGAACAGUACUAUACAGCCGGAAAGAAAUGAUGAAGGUUCUGCAAUAAGAAAAAUAAUGGCAUCAAAAAAAGAUGAAAAUAUUACUGGUCAAUCCGAAAUCAAUACAAGUGCCAAAAGCCAGCCAAUUAACUCUACACGUGACGGGGAGGAUUCAGGAACUGAUCUUAAGGUAAAAACAUCUUAUUCUAAACUUUUUCAUACAAGUAUUGAUGAUUUAAAUAACUAGAGGUUAUCG